AUGGCGCACCAAGAUCACACUCGGGAUCCUUGUCCCUAUGUUAUCCUAAACGACUUCGGCGGUGCUUUUGCUAUGGGUGCUGUGGGUGGCACGAUCUGGCACGGCAUCAAGGGCAGCAGAAACUCUCCCAGGGUGAGUGGUCGCAACGGCUACAGGCUGCCGGGCGCAAUGGCAGCCAUCAAGGCGAGGGCUCCGGUGCUCGGAGGCAACUUUGGAGUCUGGGGCGGAAUGUUCAGCACCUACGAUUGCACGGUCAAGGGUAUCAGACAAAAGGAAGACGCUUGGAACGCCAUCAUCGCUGGGUUCAUGACUGGUGGCAGUCUGGCUAUUCGAGCUGGACCCAAGACAGCCGUAGGAUCAGGUAUCAUGUGCGGUAUCCUGCUCGGAUGCUUUGAAGGCGUGGGCGCACUGAUUCAACGCUUCAUGGCGGAGAGCAACAAGCCCGUCGCUCCAUUAAUUCCUGAUGCUCAGAGCGUGUCUGGUGGCGGUGCAGCCAUCGCACCGGGAUCAGGCGCACCCGCAGUGCCAGGCUCAUGAGUCCCAGCCUGGCGACAUGUCAGAUUGGCCGCUGAACAAGCCUUCAGCAGCUAUCUUCCUGAACCUCGUUUGCCGCGUUGCUCCAACUGCUCCGCCUACCAUACCAUCACCUCUCAAAACCAGUGGCACGGCGAAGGUUGCCGCUGUCAGUCAGAUGCCUGUGCGAAUACCGCGAUCCUACUUUGGAGCGCAGCGCUAUCUCCUCCAAGCCCGAGCAAUGUAUUUUUACAAUUAAUCUUAGCACGCUUCCACCCACUCGAGCUUUCUGAGCUAAGGAGGCUCCGCAAUGGCACAAGCACUAGACAGGCACGUCAGCGGGUCUUGUACGCGACAGUUGC